AUGGCGAUUGCAUGGCGGUAUGAGCAGUGCUGCUUCCUCCUUUGGUGUCAGGUGAUUUACAAAGCUUCCAGAUUUGGCAACACCGAUUUUGCAGUGGCACACUAUGCUGGUGAAGUUGUUUAUAGUGCCGAAACGUUCCUCAUGAAGAACACCGACAAGCUUUCCAAGGAGCUCUGCAGAGUGGAGUUGAUGCGCCGACUCUUCACUGACCCGCGCUUUGCACCUCCUGAAGCGGCACCCCGGACCAAGGUGGCCACCAACAGGCGGCAGAGCCGACCCGAGGAGCGCCAGCGGCAGAACAUCACGGUGAGUCGUUUGGAUGAGAAAGUUUUUGUCUCAGCACGAAAUGGAAUGAAGGGAUACGAAGUUCGGUUCCGGCAUCAAUUUGGAAGAUAA